AUGGACAGCGACAAGUUCAGCCCAAACAUGAGCUACUACUAUGGAACAAACAUUACAAACAACAAUGACAUGAGGAUCGUGAUGGUGGGGAAGACUGGGAUUGGGAAGAGCGCUACUGGAAACACCAUUCUGGGAGAAAAGAAAUUUGAUUCCAAAUGUAGCGCCCAAUCCCUGACCAUUGACUGUGCCAAAUGCUCCAGUAAUGUGGAUGGACAGCAGGUUACUGUCAUUGAUACUCCAGGUGUAAUGGACACCAGGUAUGAUGAAGAAAGAACAAAGAAAGACGUGGGUCAGUGCAUUCGCUACGCUUCUCCUGGACCCCAUGUCUUCCUGGUGGUCGUUGCAGUGGGCAGAUUCACAGCAGAAGAAAAACAAUCAGUGCAUAAGAUUCAAGAAAUCUUUGGAGAGGCAGCAGACAGAUACAGCAUGGUUCUGUUCACUCGUGGAGAUGAUCUUGAAGGCACCAUUGAAGAUUAUUUGUCUGAAAGCCCAGAGCUGCAGGAUCUGGUGUCCAGAUGUAACGGCCAGUAUCAUGUCUUCAACAAUAAGAUGAAAGAUAAGAAACCUCAGGUCAGUGAUCUGCUGGAGAAGAUCAGAACCAUUGUUGACAGGAAUGGAGGAAGUCACUACACCAAUGAGAUGUUCCAAGAGGCUGAGAGGGCAAUCGAAGAGGAGAAACAACGGAUCCUGAAGGAGAAAGAAGAAGAAAUACGUAAAGAGAAAGAAGAAUUGGAGAGAAAAAUAAAUGAAAAGUAUGAGAAAGAGAUGGAGAGAAUGCAGGCUGAGAGAGAGAGAGAGAAGAAAAAGAUGGAGGAGGAGAUGAGGAGGGUGGAUGAUGAGAGAAAGAGGGAAAUGGAAAGAAAAGAGGCAGAGAGAGCGAGAUAUUUUGAAAAACAGAAAAAAGAACUGGAGGAGGCGCAUCGAAAAAAAACUGAAGCAGAGAAUCGCAGGCUGCAGGCCGAGCAUGAAGCCAGGGCCAGAGCUGAAGCUGAGAGACGCGGAAGAAACAUUACAAACAACGAUGAGUUGAGGAUCGUGAUGGUGGGGAAGACUGGGAUUGGGAAGAGCGCUACUGGAAACACCAUUCUGGGUGGAGAGUGCUUUAAGUCCGAAUGCAGCGCCAAAUYCAUGACUGUAAAAUGCUCCAAAUGCUCCAGUAAUGUGGAUGGACAGCAGGUUGUUGUCACUGACACUCCAGGUCUGUUUGACACCAGAUUUGGAAAAGAUAAAACCAUCAAAGACCUGAGUCWGUGCAUCUGUUAUGCUUCUCCUGGACCCCACAUCUUCCUGUAG